AUGUCAGUGGUUCUAGACGACAAGACUGAAUUUAUGACAAACCCUUAUUACGAUCACCACGAGCCGAGCAACUAUCAAACUUUCUACGUGACUCUCGGUGUGUGCACGGUAUUUGCAUUUGCACUGCUCGUUGUCAACUUGUUUCUCUGUUGCUUUUCCAAGCACAGACAUUACUGGAGAAAUAGCGAAACAGGUAAUCGCUACAUAUUACCGAUUUGGAUCAAGACGCCCGCAAAACAAGCUCCGCUUGAUCUAAAAGAGUUGGAAACAAACUUUUCGAAACCAAAACCGGUUUACGACUCGGGGGUGCCCCAAGAAUUCGUCGAGCUCCACAAGAAAGAGAGUGACAUUUAA